AAAAUUAGGUUAUCCAUGCAAACCAAAUGCAUGCAAACCAUCUUCUUUAUAUGAAUGUGUUAGGCUCUCAACAUUUUCAAACUAAUCUGGUGUUCUUCGCACUUUGUUUUGUUCAUUUUGUUUGAGUUCCCUUUUUAGCUGUUCUAUUAGUUCUACUUGAAGAACAUUCAACAGCACACAGCAUGAUGACGCGUAUGUUUCAUCUCCUACUCCUGAUCAUCAUAGUCCGCAGCAUUGCAUGUUCUUCUUCCUCAACCCGGCCUAGCACAAUCAAGAGCCUCAUCCUUGCUACUCUAGGACGCUCAAAUGACUCACUGACUUUCGCUGAUUUCGCUCAAAGUUAUGAAAAGCAAUAUAAAUCAGCAGAAGAGAUACACAAAAGAUUUGGCAUCUUCAUGGAUAAUUUCCAUAGAAUCAGAUCCACAAAUAAGAAAGGUCUUCGUUUCACAGUAGGAAUCAAUGAAUUCACAGACAUGAGCUUCGAUGAAUUUAAGUCUAAAAGACUUAUUGAAUGGAAUACCUCAGUGCCUUUGGCUAAUAGAACCAGGAUUUAUAACUUGACUGACGCAGUAGCUCCUCUGAUGAAAGACUGGAGAAAUGAUGGAAUUAUAAGUCCUGUUCGACAGCAGGGUGAUUGUUUUGCUUGUUGGGCUUUCAGCGCUGCAGGAGCAAUAGAAGCAGCAAAAAAUAAAUUGGAAAACCAGACGGUCACUGUCUCUGUGCGGCAACUAGUAGAUUGCUCUACUGCAGACGGUGGAUGUGAAGGUGGAAGGACAGAUAGUGCUUUUUUAUAUGUUGCACGGAAUGGUGGCAUCAACAGUGAUCCAUCCUAUCCUUACACAGGCACAGAGGGCACUUGCAGCUUUGACCCAAAUCACAUUGCUGCCAAGGUCACUGGUGUAGAAUGGGUCCAUUAUGGUGACGAAGAAGACCUGGAGAAGGUAGUGGGCCUUAUAGGGCCAGUCAGUGUUGGGAUUCAAGCAGAAGGAGACUUCCUGGACUACAAGGGUGGAAUUUAUCGCACUACUUCUUGUGGAGAUCCAGGAAAGCUGAACCAUGCGAUGCUAGUUGUGGGGUAUGGGCUUGAUUAUUUUGAUGAUCAACCAUACUGGAUAUUGAAGAACUCAUGGGGAGAUGGCUGGGGAGUGGGCGGAUAUUUAUUUAUGGAAAAAGGAACAAAUAUGUGCGGUGUGGCUUAUGUGGCUAAUUUUCCUACCGUUGAAUGACUAUGUAAAUGAGUGAAUUAAAUUUUUCUUAUGAUCCAGAGUAGUCCUACUCUAUUUGCUGGGCAAACUUGUGUCUCCAGACGGUAGCUUUAUCCGGCCCAGUCUGUCUCCUUUACUCUUGUUUCUUUUAUGUUUUGUACUAUUUUUUUCUCUGUUUUUCUCAUCUUUGGUAAGGAUUAAGAUUGUUGUUAUCUUUA